UGCCAACUUUAAUUUAGUCAAGGAAAGAAAAGUAAACGGAUGACAUUUGUAUCUUCUGCUAUCUAAUAUUUCUGUUUAAUAACCGGUGGAAAAUGAUAUUAAUUUUAGUUAUGUAUAAUUUGGGUAUUAAUUUUUAAUUUACAUACAAUUUGCAGGAGAGGAAAACAUCGUAGUAAUAUUGAAGUGUUACGGAUCAUAUUUCUAUAUAUAAAUCCAAAUAAAAUAUAUAUAUUCUAGAAAUUAUGGAAUUUUGCAAUUUUAUUAAAAAAUAAAAAAUAAAGAUAUGUAUUCUAUAAAAACACCUUCGCUUCGCAUCGAUGAGGCGGAUUUGAAAUGUAAAAAUGGUUGUGGUUUUUAUGGCAAUGCAGAAUGGGAAGGAUAUUGCAGCAAAUGUCAUCGAGAACAUUUACAAAAGCAACGAGCACAAAGAGAGUAUAUAUCAAACUUACAAACUGUCGACAUAGAUACAUCUAAUAGAACUUUAUCUACUGGAUAUCAUAAACACGAAGAAAAGAAAUCUCAACAAGAAAAGAAAUAUAAAUUAUUAAAUAUUUCUUUUCGAAAGCCUACAUCAAAGUUACAAGGAUGCCAAGAAUUACUUUAUGAAUUAACAAAGGAUAAUUCAGAUCUUGAAAAAAUAAAAGCUGAAAAUAGAGAUCUUAUAGCUUCAAUAGUGAAAACACCAGUUGAAAAAGAUGUACGAAAAUGUAUACAUUCAUUUGUAGUAGAUAUCCUUCAGAACAAAGAUAUCAAAAGAAUAGAGGAAUUAUCAGAAAUAACACAGAAUUUUUAUCAAGUGUUUGCUAAACGUUUAGAAAAUAGUGUUAAAUAUACAGAUAUAUCUGCAGAUAUUAAAGAAAGAUUGUUAGAUUAUGUUGAAAAAUAUUCCAUGACAUUAUUGUACAGAAUUUUAUUUUGUCCACCGUUCACAACAGAUGAAGAAAAAGAUUUAGCAAUUCAAAAAAGAAUAAGACAAUUAAAUUGGGUCAGUGGAAAGAAUUUAGAAUGUAGAAUUCAUGAAACAAGUUCUGAAGUUAGAGAACUUGUAUAUACAUCUAUAACAGAUUUACUAAAUAUGGAUUCUGCUAAAGCUCCACAGGAAAAGUUAGCAUGCGUUAUUUAUUGCUGUAGAAAUAUAUUUUUAUUAUUACAACAAUCUGUAGGUGGUCCAGCUUCUGCAGAUGAAUUUUUACCUGCUCUUAUUUUUAUUGUUUUAAAAGCCAAUCCUGCACGACUUAAAAGUAAUAUAAACUUCAUAACAAGAUUUUGUAAUGCUAGUAGACUAAUGACAGGAGAAGGGGGAUACUACUUUACAAAUUUGUGCUGUGCUGUAUCAUUUAUUGAAAACUUAACUGCUGAAUCUUUGAAUAUGGCUGAGAAAGAUUUUAACGCUUAUAUGUCAGGAGAAAGAGUACCAGCAAAUACAUGGGAAUCAGCACUAAUGAUGUGUGAAAGCUUGCACUUGAUGUGCGAAGAUAUAACGUUACUUGAUAAAUUAAAGGCAAAAAAUUUAGAAAUAAUAAAUGAAGCAAAAGAAUUACAAUGUAGAAUGACACAAUUUAAAGAAGAUAUAGAAGUUAAAGUAGCUACUGCAAUUGAGAAAUCACCAUUAUUAAUAACACAUAGUCAGAGAUUGCCUACAAAUUUAGAUUCAGAUAAUAUCGAAAAUUAUCAAUUACCACCGCCUAUUAUACCUCAGGUAUAUUCACACCCUGUUAAUGACCAAUCCAAUAACAUUUCACUGACAAAUAAUUCAGUUGAUUUGAGAACCUCACUGAUGGAUGAUUGUAUUACACCGUCUCCAACAUUUGAUUUUCCUUCUUUCACUGGCGAUGGUAGUUUAGAUGUUAGUAAAGCAGAUGAUGAAACAAGUCUAAUCAGUUUAGAUACACAAUGUGAUUUAUUGAUGACUGAUUCUCAAUUACAUGAAAAAGAUACACCUGAUAUAUUGUUGGGAAAUUCAAGUACUUCUAGUGCAAAUCUCGUAUCAUCUAUUGAAUCAAUAGGUCAAGAAGAUUAUCAUGGUUUUACUAUACAAGGAUCACAUAUACCAACAAUCCCUUGCAGUACAGGUGAUUUGUCCAUUAAUUCUGCAGAAUUGUCAUCGGACAGUCAUUACUCUACAUAUUUUCAUAAGAUGUAAUGCUAUUUAUAAAAUCAUUCUAAAAUUUAUAAAAUUAUUCUUUGGAUAAUUACACAUGAUAAAUUUAAAGUGAUAAAAUUAUCAAUAGAAAACAGAUUAGAGCAUUCCUUCUUAUGAAUAUGUAUCAAGUAUUAAUUUAGAAUUAAUGAUUAUUAUAAUCUAUUAAUACAUCAUACUACUUUUGAAUUUAUCGAUUAAGAAAUUAAAUCAAUAUUUCAAUAUAUUCAGUGAAAGCUAAUCAAUUAUUAUCAUUAUUGUAUAUAAAUAAAGUGAUUUAAUGUAAGAUUUCAGUUUUGAUCAUAUAUUAAUUAGAUAGU